UCUCCACCAGCAGGACUACAUUUCCCGUCGGCCUCCGCGCGGAGACCUGCCAAGGAGGGCGCCUCUGAUUGGCCCUCCCCACGGGCCGCCAAUAGGAAGCGAGGUGAGAGAGGCCGACAGAGUGAGGCAGAGAAAGAGGGGAAGGAAGAGGCCUCCGAGGCUGCCGCUUGUCUUUCUCCUUCUCCUUCUCUUACUGGGCCCGGACUGGGAAGGGGCCGCGAUGGUGCUGGAAAGCACGAUGGUCUGGUGAGGAAGAGGAGGCGGCGGGGGGGAGGGGCUGGCGGGGGGGAGGGGCAGAGGCCGGUUUCCCUGAGUCACGAUGGGGCCUGAGGUAAAUUUUUGUGGGGGGGGGGAGGGGGAGAGACAGUUGGAGUGACGUGAGGCGGGGGGGGGACACCCUAUGUGGGGCGAGAAUUAUAGGGGGGAUUUUUUUGGGGGGGAGGGAAGGGGGUCUUUAGUUGGGGGAAUUAAAUGGGAGGGAGAAUCGAGGGGGGUCUCCUUGAGGGGCUUUGGGGGAGGGGGUCUGGGGAGGGGGAGGAGGGGGUGCGUUUGAGGUCGGGGGGGGGAGGCCAAUGGGGAGAAUGGGUGUGUUGGGGGGGGAGCAUCCCCUUCAUGGCUUGGGGGGAAUUCUGGGAUUCCAUGGGGAGAAGAGAAUGGAAGGGGGGGGGACUCAGGAGGGGAGUGGGAGGUGCGUUUGAAGGGGGAGAAUUGGGGUGAGUUGGAGGGUGGAAAAUGAGGGGUGUCUCCUGAGAAGGGAGGUGCAUUUGACAUGGGGGCAGCAUCCCCUUAGUGGCUUGGGGUAGAAAUUUAUGAGGGUGGGGAAUUGGGGGGGGGGCGACUGAAGGGGGGUGCAUUUGAAUUGAGGGGAAUUGGGGGGGAGGGGAAAUUGGGAGGGGGUUGGAAGAGGGUCUCUGUUCUGCCCAGACACCCCCAUUGUUUUGCCCGGACACUGAGGUCCAGCGCCGAGGGCCUUCUGGCAGUUCCCUCGCUGCAAGAAGCCAAGGAACCAGGCAGAGGGCCUUCUCGGUGGUGGCGCCCGCCCUGUGGAACGCCCUCCCACCAGAUGUCAAAGAGAAAAACAACUACCAGACUUCUAGAAGACAUUUGAAGGCAGCCCUGUUUAGGGAUGCCUUUAAUGUUUGACAGACUAUUGUAUUUUAAUAUUUUGUUGAAAGCUGCCCAGAGUGGCUGGGGAAGCCGAGCCAGAUGGGUGGGGUCUAAAUAAUAAAUUAUUAUUAUUAUUAUUUAUUAUCUGUGGAGAGACACAGGUGGCGCUGUAGGUUAAACCACAGAGCCUAGGACUUGCCGAUCAGAAGGUUGGUGGUUCAAAUCCCCGCAACAGGGUGAGCUCCUGUUGCUCGGUCCCUGCUCCUGCCAACCUAGCAGUUCGAAAGCACGUCACAGUGCGAGUAGAUAAAUAGGUACCGCUCUGGCGGGAAGGUAAACGCCAUUUCCGUGCGCUGCUCUGGCUCACCAGAAGCGGCUUAGUCCUGCUGGCCACAUGACCCGGAAGCUGUACGCCGGCUCCCUUGGCCAGUAAAGCGAGAUGAGCGCCACAACCCCAGAGUCGGUUACGACUGGACCUAAUGGUCAGGGGUCCCUUUACCUUAUUAUCUGUGGGGGGAGAGUUAAAUGGAAGGCACUAAGUUGGGGAAACAUCCCCUUGAUGGGAGUCUCUGGGAGUGAAGUAGGAUUGAGUGGAGCCUGCAGAAGAGUGUUGAACAAGGGGACAGUCUAUGUGAGUCAUGCCCCUUAAUUUCAUGCCCAAUAUAACUCUUUCUGCUUUUGUUUCGUGUUUGUUGUCCUAACGUUUCGUGCAAUUUUUGAUAGAAAAGAUCUAGUGAUACUUUAUUUUAAAAUUUUCAAUUUGUUGCUCAUUCUGAUCUCCCCUUGCCUGGUGCAGCGUCGACAACAGCGAGUACAUGAGGAACGGGGACUUCUUACCGACCCGUCUCCAGGCCCAGCAAGAUGCAGUCAACAUCGUCUGCCAUUCGAAGACCCGCAGUAACCCCGAGAACAACGUGGGCCUCAUCACUUUAGCCAAGUAGGUUUCGCUCAAAUCACCCCAUUGGAAAUCAGAAGAGAGGAAGACAUCAGCAGCUUCCCAUUGGGUCAUCUGGUUGACCAAUGGGAGAACAGGAUGCUCAAGUAUUUAUUUAUCUAAUGUGCCCCCUCCCUUCCUUCUGAAGGAGCCUAGGGCACCAAACGUAGUCAAAAUGAAACUUUUUUUUUGCCUUUUUUUGAAGCUUACUAAAUUCAGUUACGGUUGAAAAUAUUCUCGUAUCCUGUGAUGUCAGAAUUGCUAGGGACAGUGCCUUUCAGCCAUCAAAUGCCUGGCUGAACAGGGAUGUUUUCAGAUUCCUCUUGAAAGUCAGUAAUGGGGGGUAGAAAACACCCUUCACCAUGGCAUUCCACAAAUGGCAACCCACCACCAAAUAGGCCCUGUCACCAUAGGUCAGUGCCAGCCAGGCAGCCCCCAAUGGGAACAGCACCAAGGAGGCCUCCCCUUCUGCCUUUAGGGUCUUAGUUGGUUAACAGUGAAUCAUUGGCCUAAACAGCUUAUGUUGUUUAGUCGUUUAGUCGUGUCCACCUCUUGGUGAGCCCCUGGACCAGAGCAUGCCAGGCCCUCCUGUCUUCCACUGCCCCGCGCAGUUUGGUCAAAGUCAUGCUGGUAGCUUGGAGAACACUGUCCCACCAUCUCGUCCUCUGUCAUCCCCUUCUCCUUGUGCCCUCCAUCUUUCCCAACAUCAGGGUCUUUUCCAGGGAGUCUUCUCUUCUCACGAGGUGGCCAAAGUCUUGGAGCCUCAGCUUCAGGAUCUGUCCUUCCAGUGAGCACUCAGGGCUGAUUUCCUUCAGAAUGGAGAGGUUUGAUCUUCUUGCAGUCCUUGGGACUCUCCAGAGUCUCCUCCAGCACCAGAAUUCAAAAAACAGCUACAGGGCUCUUCUAAUGUUCUUUUGUUUAGCAUGUUAGGCCAGAUCAUGAUCCGCUAUAGGUCAUUGUACCCCCACCUCUCUGCCUCUUUCCCUUUCUGACACGCUAAUCCUCAACCUGUCCAUGUCUGUAUUUGCCUGUUUCAGUAACUGUGAGGUGUUGACCACCCUGACCCCCGACACAGGCCGCAUCCUGUCUAAGCUGCACUCGGUGCAGCCCAAAGGGAAGAUCACCUUCUGCACAGGGAUCCGAGUUGCUCAUGUAAGUUGCAACUUCUCUUCUUUCCCCCCGAUGGCAGCCAUCAAUUGAGAUAUUAAACUAAAGAUUAUCAUCCUUUUGGGGCCAGUGGAGAGGAAAGGAAUCUGAAACAGCCCCAUGCUAAGUUGGGCAAGUGAGGAGGGGGUCUGUCCUGAGAAGCGGGGUUAGUGCUUGCAGGAGAACAGAGGGUGAGGAGCCCCCAGGCUGCCAGACCUCUCCAGUGUGGUGUAGUGGUUAAGAGCAGUGGACUCAUAAUCUGGGGUUCGCCUCUCCGGUUCUCUACAUGCAGCUGCUGGGUGACCUUGGGCUAGUCACACUUCUCUAAGGUCUCUCAGCCCCACUCACCUCACAGAGUGUUUGUUGUGGGGGGAGGAAGGGAAAGGAGAAUGUUAGCCACUUUGAGACUCCUUCAGGUAGUGAUAAAGCGGGAUAUCAAGUCCAAACUCUUCUUCCAUUUGGCCUGUGGAGCUGUGUUGACCAAGCCUCACUCGCCUCCCUUACGCCUGAAGUCAUACACAACAGAGAAAGACACCUUGACAGCGAAGUUGCCUUACAUUGAGUCAGACCAUUGGUCCAUUAGAUAGAUAGAUAGAUAGAUAGAUAGAUAGAUAGAUAAUUUAUUAUGGUCGGAGACCAGCUUAUAAAACACACUUGGGGGUACAAUCCCAGAAAGAAAACAAACAGUUAAAACAAUGUACAACAAUAAAUUUAAAAUUUAUAAAUGUGAUAAGCAUACAGACACUUAAAACUUUAAGAUAUGCUCAGUAUCGACUACACCGAUUGGCAGGGACUCUCUGAGGUUUCAGGCAGGGAGUCCUUCCUGGAGAUCCCACAGAUUAAACCUGUGGAUUUCUGUAUGCAAAGCUCUGAUCAAGGAGCUACAGCCCUUCCCUUAAAAACAAAGCAAGAUACCAGUCCUCAUGGUUCUGAACAUAUGGAUGAUUUAAAUCGGAAGUUGCCUUCUAAUGAGUCAGAUCAUAGGCCUAUCCAGAUAGAUAUUGUCUAUCUGCUGACUGGCAGUGGUCUGGGAGAAGGGAAAUAAAGGGUUCAUUCAAACCCAGGGAUGGGGGGAGACAGGCUGGGCAGAGGGGCCUCCCCUCUCUCCAUGUAACACGGCUGCUUCUGUUCCAGCUGGCUUUGAAACAUCGCCAGGGCAAGAACCACAAGAUGCGGAUCAUUGCCUUUGUGGGGAGCCCUGUAGAGGAUAAUGAGAAAGACGUGAGUGUGUACCUGGAACUGUGGGGGGUGGGGGGAGGAACUCUCUCAUUUUCAAAGCACCUGGUUUUCCGGGAAGCCUCUCCCGUUCCUGGUACUCCCACCUUGCUCUGCGCCCCUAAUGGAUCUCCUCUCCUCGCAGCUCGUGAAACUGGCCAAGCGGCUGAAGAAGGAGAAAGUGAACGUGGAUAUCAUCAACUUUGGAGAAGAGGUGAGAGACCCUCUCUGAGCCCGUGGCUCGUUGUUGUUCCAUUAAGUUGCCUGCGACUCCCGGGUCGGUUCCUGACCUCUCCUUCCCGCCCGCAGGAAGCCAACACCGACAAGCUGACGGCCUUCAUCAACACCUUGAACGGCAAAGAUGGGACGGGCUCUCACCUGGUGACAGUGCCCCCCGGGCCGAGCCUGGCUGAUGCUCUCAUCAGCUCCCCGAUCCUCGCUGGAGAGGGAGGAGCAAUGCUGGGCCUGGGGGCAAGUGACUUCGAGUUUGGCGUGGACCCCAGCGCCGACCCAGAACUGGCUCUGGUAAGCACCACAAAUAAUAACAAUAAUAAUUUAUUAUUUAUACCCCGCCCAUCUGGCUGGGUUUCCCCAGCCACCCUGGGCGGCUUCCAACAAAAUAUUAAAAUACAAUAGUCCACCAAACAUUAAAAGCUUCCCUAAACAGGGCUGCCUUCAGAUGUCUUCUAAAAGUCUGGUGGUUCUAAAUAUUAAAAUACAAUAGUCCGUCAAACAUUAAAAGCUUCCCUAAACAGGGCUGCCUUCAGAUGUCUUCUAAAAGUCUGGUGGUUCUAAAUAUUAAAAUACAAUAGUCCGUCAAACAUUAAAAGCUUCCCUAAACAGGGCUGCCUUCAGAUGUCUUCUAAAAGUCUGGUGGACAUCUGAAGGGAGGGCGUUCCACAGGGCGGGCGCCACCACCAAGAAGGCCCUCUGCCUGGUUCCCUGUAACCUCACUUCUCACAGCGAGGGAACCGCCAGAAGGCCCUCAGCGCUGGACCUCAGUGUCCGGGCGGAACAAUGGGAACAUGUUUCUAUUACUUAUUUCCAUAAAAUUUAUACGUCACCUGAUUGUAAAGUACUUUGGGAUGGUUUUUCUUCAAUGAAAUUAUCAGGAAAAACAGGGUUGGGUUAACCAACUCUUUAAAACAUUUAGAAAAUAUCCAACAGCAAUAAGCAAGAAACAGAUUAAAACACACACCGACAUUAUACCUGUCUGUACAUCAGCUUGUCUAAACACAUUUCUCCACCCACCUACCCCAUAAGAAGUUUGGGAACUGUAGCUUGCCCCUUGCAGAGCUACAGUUCCCAGCACCCUUUAGAAACUGCGGUUCUCAGGAUACUUUUUGGGGGCGUGCUUUGAUGUGGGUGUUAGCCAUUCUGUGUUACGUUUGGGAUACGCUCCUUGGUUUAGCAGCCCCUGUGUCUCAUUUGACCACCUGGGUUUGUCUGUUUUGUUUUUCCUCCCAGGCGCUCCGGGUGUCCAUGGAGGAGCAACGGCAGAGGCAGGAAGAGGAAGCUCGCAGGGCUGCGGCAGCAUCUGCCGCAGAAGCCGGGAUCCCAACCUCCGGUGCGGAUGGUAAGAAAAGGGGUUUGAGCCAGGGGAAUCGGGAGGCGAAGUGACCUGACUCUCCUUUCCUUCCAGUCAAGUCAAAUAACUCUGAACCACCUCGGAGGCCGUGUGCAGAAAGACAGGCUGUAAAUGGCCAGCUUUGGGGAACCCAUGCCCCAUAUCCAGGCUGCGGUCCCUUAUGGGGCUGAUGUUUAGAUGUAUGGAGUGGCUAGGCUGAGUUUCUACAUUUUUAAGAAGGGGGAAGCCAGAGUGUGGAUUUUUCAGUCAGUUUGGAAUCAAGUCCCUUCCAGGUUCAUCCAUGUGCUAGAGGGUUGGAAAAGAAUCCGAGUUUUUCAUUUAGGCAAGAUGGAGGCUGUGCAGACCAGGGCAACCAAGCAUAGCUGUCAACUUUCCCCUUUUUUUAAGGGAAAUUCCCUUAUUCCAAACAGGAUUCCUUGCAAGAAAAGGGAAAAGUUGACAGCUAUGCAACCACGAUGAUCAGGAGUCUGGGUAGCAAGCCUGAUGAGGAAUGGUUGAGGGAGUUGGGCAUGUGUAGCCUGGAAAAGAGGAAACAGAGAGGAGAUGGGGUAGCCAAUAUUUGAAGGGCUGUCACAUGGAAGAGGGAGCAAGCUUGUUUUCUCCUGCUCCAGAGGGUAAGAUCUCUUGCAAUACGAUCUGGCACUGAAUCGUCUUACCUCAAACGUGGGUCCUCGUGCUUCCUUGUGCUCUAGAUUCAGACGACGCCCUGCUCAAGAUGACCAUAGGCCAACAGGAAUUUGGCCGAGCUGGCCUGCCCGACCUCAGCACCAUGACCGAAGAAGAACAGAUUGCCUACGCCAUGCAGAUGUCUCUCCAAGGAGCCGGUGAGUUGCAGGCGAGAAGCACGGAGCGUAGUCUUCGGAUCAGGAACACCACCUUUGCCAGUGGGGCAGGGCAACUGCUGAGAAGGCCUCCGGGGGCAGCUUGAGCACUUGCCCUUUGUAUUUGUAUCAGGAUUAUUCCCCUCCUCGUCCAAAACACUAGAACAGUCUCUCUCAGUUGUGCCCAGAAGAGAAGUAUCGGCCGCAGAGGACUGUGCCCGUUCCAACUCGGCAUGAACUAAGUGUUCCAGCCUCAUCUCCUUUUAGGGUUGUGCUCAAACACUAGCUCAUGCAGGAACAUGGGAGGCAGGUAGCAGCAGCAUCCCAGGAGGAGGGGAACAAUUUCUCUUGCAGACAGUAAAAAAUAAAGGGUGAAGGCUGAAACCCAUUUUAAUUCAGGUAAUAAUAGUAAUAAUAAUAAAUUUAUUAUUUAUACCCCGCCCAUCUGACUCGGCUUUCCCAGCCACUCUGAGCGGCUUCCAACAAAAUAUUAAAAUACAGUAAUCCAUCAAAUAUUAAAAGCUUCCCUUAAAAUGUGAAUUGGUUACGAAGUUUGGGGAAACAGCUUGAAGUGUUGAGAGGGGAAUGGAGUACGGCCAGUGUUCAGACACGAUAGGAUCAUUAGGAGGGCCAGAAGUUCCCCACCCUGAAAUAAUAGAGAUAAAAAUCGUGUGUUUUCGGGGUGGGCCGCAAGGAGACUGAAUCUCUUCCCUCCCUUUAAGCCAGGCAUGUCCAAAGUCCAGCCCCCAUGGCAGUUUAUUUCCUGGGGUAAAAUCCGGGAAAAAAAGCUCAACAGCUUCAAUCUUAAAAAAAUGCUCAACAACUUCAAUCCGAAAAAAGGGUCAAAAACAUGUUCACUUCAUCAAAUCUGGCCCUCUUUGAAAAAAGUUUGGACACCCCUGCUUUAAGCGGAGGCUCCGUGAUUGUCUCUUCAUUAAUCUGGUUGGCGUUUGAAACCCACCUAUGGGCUUUGGUUGUAGCAGAGAAGAGGUUGUUAAACUGUGCAUGUUUUCUCUCCUCUUAGAGUUUGGACAAGGUGAGUCGGCCGAGGUAGAUAUCAGCACUGAUAUGGACACGUCAGAACCGACAAAGGUCAGUGGCCGCAGAUCCUCCCUCUGCCCCCUCUAUCCACUUGCUCAGAGCAGCCUCUGGAUCUGAACUACAACUCACACCCCCCAGCUAGCACUGAGUUGUAGUCUAGAAGGGUACCCCGUUGGUGGAGGUUGGGGCUCUCCUGCCUACAGAGUUGCCCACCAUCUUUUCUGCUAUAAGCUAUAUCCAGAGUACCACUAAAUCUCUUGCAAGGGCCAUUGUGACCCACCUUGAGACCUACCGGUGGAGGGCAGGUCAGAAAGGUGGCAGUGCCUCUGAUGCUGAUUUUUAUCUGUUUCUUCCCCCCCCCCCAAUUGUUUUAUUAAAUUUUCCAUAAUUAUAAUAAAAUACAACAGAGAGAAAAGGGGAAAAAAACACACAAGAGAAAACACAUUACUAAAAAAGAAAUCUUAAACACAUAUCCCUUGAAAACCCAAUCUCUCUUACAUUGUUAAUUGAUUUACUCAGAUCCCUCUCUUCUGAAUUUCAUUGUAGCUGCAUGUAACAGUUCUCUAAUAUCAUUCUUAAUCUAAAAUUAUUUCCAUCAAUUAACUAUCUUAUUCUCUUUUCUUACUGUUCUAAAUCCAGCUUACUUGCAGUUAAAUCCUAUUUUAAUCCUAGGCCUAUUUGGUGCUUUCAAGUGACUUCUAAUUAUUUAUAUUACAAUAUUUAUGCAAAUAAUCCUUAAAUUCUUUCCAAUCUGAUUUUUACCUGUUUCACGGACGUUUCCCGCGUCCAGGAAGAGGACGACUACGAUGUGAUGCAAGACCCUGAGUUCCUGCAGAGCGUCCUGGAGAACCUGCCGGGAGUCGACCCCAACAACGAGGCCAUUCGCAACGCCAUGGGUUCCCUGGCCUCGCAGGCAUCCAAGGAGAACAAAGACAAGAAAGAGGAGGAGAAGAAAUGAUGCGGGGAGGAGGGGCAGGCCACGGGCCCUCAGUGGCGCCCCAACUCUCCUCGGCCCCGUUACGCAGUCAAGAGCUUCGCUGGCUCUGCAUGCCCCAGUUCACCUAGCCUUCUAGCCAUCAGUGUCCGUAAUCUUCCCUCCGGGCUAGUUGGGGAGAGGCGGGGAGAGUCACCAGGUUAUUAUGGGUCAGGGUGGGUGGCGGUGGGUGGGUAGAACUUCUCUUCUUUUUUGGGUUGCGGUUUAGGGGGUAAUAAAAACCUUAAAUUUUCUUUGCGGCGUUGUGUUUUUCCACCGCCCACUUCCAUUAAGCUGUGGUUUGUGCAUGUCAGAACGCGAGCGGCCGAUCUCCUAACCUCCCUUUCCUUUCCGACAAAACGGCGCCGUCCCCCUCCCUGUGUGCAGGCACCUUCGUUUGCCUGCCGUGAAAUCGGCGCGAAGAGGUUGAGAGACACGUUUGCGAUCGUGCUGUGGCCACUGGAAAACUUCCAGCUGCCGGCGGGACAGAGAACUCAAGAUUCUGGUUUCAACAGACGCAAGGCUUUAGCACCCAUGACAAAAAGGGGAAACUAGGAAGCAGGUGGGCUUAUUAUGGGUUGGAACACCCUUUCCCCAAAGCUGCGACCCGUCAGGUGUUCGAAGGACCUCCUUUUGCGCAUCCUGAAUCGUCUGCCUUUUGACUCGGUUUGACAGCUAGCACUGUGAGAGAGAAAGGCUUCUCUCCGCUUUUGCCACACUUUGAAUCUGUUGCGUAUCCUUUGCCCUGCCCUUUCUUUCAAAGGCCACAAACCUUCCUCAUGGGGGGGGGGUCACUCCACUCCCCUAGAUCAUUCCAGUGGCCCCUUUCUGGACCUUUAAGAGCUCUACAGUAUCGUUUUUGAGGCGAGGUGAUUCGAACCACAGGCAGCAUCCCGAGUGUAUUCUGUGUGAUAGAUUUAUAUAAAGACGUGGUCGAGUUGUGGAGUUUUUCACGGGGCUUGCAGUUUUUGUGUGUAUUUAUUUGCACCACUCUCUUCAGUCAAAGAGGCUUCCAGACUGUCUUACUUACAUGGAGAAUAGGUCAGUCCCUGAAGGCUUAGGACACGGGUGGCGCUGUGGGUUAAACCACUGAGCCUAGGGCUUGCCGAUCAGAAGGUCGGCGGUUCGAAUCCCUGUGAUUGGGUGAGCUCCCGUUGCUUGGUCCCUGCUGCUGCCAACCUAGCAGUUCGAAAGCACCUCAGAGUGCAAGUAGAUAAAUAGGUACCGCUCAGGCGGGAAGGUAAAUGGCGUUUCCGUGCACUGUACGCCCCCUCCCUCGGCCGGUAAAGUGAGAUGAGAGCCAUAACCCCAGAGUCGGUCACGACUGGACCUAAUGGUCAGGGGUCCCUUUACCUUUACCUGAAGGCUUACAAUUCUAGACCAUUCAACUACGAACCUCGUUACAAAAAGUGGAGAUUGACCAUCAGUUUGGAUGGAUUUGGAUUACAUUACUUGAUGGGAGCUGAGGCCUAUUA